ACCAGUAAUCCAGGAUGUGAAUGUUUUGUUUAGUCCGUGUAACUGGCAAUGAUGUUUACAAUAAAUAUAUUCUGCAUUUUUAUUCUUAGUUGCAGUGACCAUGAAGAAAACAACUAGACGAAAGCCGCAGACGUUUAUCUCUCGUUUUGUUCGCACUUUGAAUGAGCAGUGGGGAUUGAAUGGUCACUGAUUGCUGUCCUCGGCUGGGAUUGCAGCUUGGCCUGUCAGUGUACUGCUGUUACAGUCAUGUUUAUUUCAUAAAGAUGGCAACGAGGGGCACAUUAUAAACUAAAUGACUGUCAGAAACAUCGCCUCCAUUUGUAAUAUGGGCACCAAUGCCUCUGCUCUGGAGAAAGACAUUGGUCCAGAGCAGUUCCCCAUUAAUGAACACUAUUUUGGAUUGGUCAAUUUUGGAAACACGUGCUACUGUAACUCAGUGUUGCAGGCUCUGUAUUUCUGCCGGCCGUUCAGGGAGAAUGUGUUGGCGUAUAAAGUCCAGCAAAAAAAGAAGGAGAACCUUCUCACCUGUCUGGCCGACCUCUUCCACAGCAUCGCCACGCAGAAGAAGAAGGUGGGCGUGAUCCCUCCCAAGAAGUUCAUCUCACGUCUGCGGAAGGAGAAUGACCUGUUUGAUAACUACAUGCAGCAGGACGCCCACGAGUUCCUGAACUACCUGCUGAACACAGUGGCUGACAUCCUGCAAGAGGAGAAGCAGGAAAAACAGAACGGACGGCUAAAGAACAAUGGCACUGCCAUCGCCACGGACACCGAGCCAGAACAGAACAAGGCCGAGCCCACCUGGGUUCACGAUAUCUUCCAGGGCACGCUGACCAAUGAGACGCGCUGUCUCAACUGUGAGACGGUCAGUAGCAAGGAUGAAGACUUUUUGGAUUUGUCUGUCGAUGUUGAGCAGAACACUUCAAUAACACACUGUCUCAGGGGCUUCAGUAAUACAGAGACCCUGUGCAGUGAGUAUAAAUACUACUGUGAGAUGUGCUGUAGCAAACAAGAGGCACAGAAACGUAUGCGUGUGAAGAAGCUGCCCAUGAUCCUGGCUCUUCAUCUGAAGCGCUUUAAGUACAUGGAGCAGCUGCAUCGGUACACUAAACUGAGCUAUCGUGUGGUCUUUCCACUGGAGCUCCGCCUCUUCAACACCUCUGGAGAUGCAGUCAACCUCGACCGCAUGUACGAUCUCGUCGCUGUGGUGGUCCACUGUGGCAGUGGCCCAAACAGAGGGCAUUACAUCACCAUUGUGAAGAGUCACGGUUUCUGGCUGCUGUUUGAUGAUGACAUUGUGGAGAAAAUUGAUGCACAGGCGAUAGAGGAGUUCUACGGUUUGACUUCUGACAUUUCCAAGAACUCUGAGUCGGGAUACAUCCUGUUCUAUCAGUCCAGAGAAUGAAGGAGCAGAGGAGGAACAAAUGAAGAGGAGACCAAAAGGAAGGGUAUAUGUGAAGAUGAUAUCCGCUAGAUUCCUUUUCCACAUCCCUCUCCUUUUCUCAUUCUCAGGGUCUCCAGCUGAGACUGAGUUGCCAAAAGCCCUCUGUAACCCCAUUUGCCAAUAUGACAUUUCCCAAAAGUUCCAUUCUCCCAAUCUCGCUGCACUCUGUGGGGGGAAAAAACACAUCUUCAAAUCUGACCCUCAAGUCAGUCACCUGCAUCUGGAAGGCACUUUAUAAACAAAAACGACAAUAAGUAACACAAAAGCAACACAACAAAAAAAU